AUUUGAUACUGCCUAACCCCCACCAAAAGAUCUGCUUGGAGAUUAGUCAUUAACCAACCUACCGGAAAAAGUCACCUUGAAGAUCUCAUUAGUAUCAUUAAGAGAAGCAAGUUAAAAUGGUACGGCCAUGUGACCAGAAGUAAAGGGCUCUCCAAAGUUAUACUACAAGGAACAGUACCAGGGGAAAAAGAGGGAGACAAAGGAAGAAAUGGGACGACAAUCUCAAUGAGUGGACCGGCUUGCCCCUUGCCAGCGCCCAAGCGCUGGCUCAUGACAGAGAGGGAUGGAGAAAGGCAGUGUGCUCAGCCACUAGGUGCCCCCAUGGCCACUCCCGGUCAAGGCACCGUUAAUGAAUAUUAAGCCGUGAAAGUAAAGGAGCUGCCAGACUAGCGAUGAUGGCACGAAGAAGGGCAGCAAUCCUCUGCACAGCUGUUUUCGUCAUCACCUUACUCUUGCUGUUACAUCGCUACAUGAAAGAAGAAGUAUUCAUUGGGGGUAUUCAAUCUAUGAGAAACAACUUAAAGAUAGAUAGGUCAAGUGCUAUGAGAUGUUCAGCAAAGAUGAAUAUUGUUUUCCUGAAGACUCAUAAAACGGCUGGUUCUACAGUUCAAAAUAUACUCCUGCGGUAUGGACUGGAGAAAAACCUGACGUUUGCCUUACCAGCUGCUGGCCAUAGGUUUUAUUGGCCUGACCACUUUAAAAGGUCAUCUGUUCUACAGGAACAACAAAAAAGGAGCAAGACUGUCUACAAUAUACUAUGUCAUCACACCCGCUUUCACUAUGCCAACAUGAGGGAUCUCAUGCCUGACGACUCAGUUUACAUUACGGUGGUACGAAGCCCUGCUGCAAUGUUCAGAUCUGCUUUUGAGUACUUUCAUUUAAAGAAAAAAUACAAUAUUUUCCAGCCAAACGCCAUGGACGUUUUUCUUUCUAGACCCUCGUAUUACGUUGGUCCAUACGGAAAGAGGCCAUUUUUUCGGAACCCAAUAUUUUUCGACUUGGGAUACAGUCCUGAUCAGCUUGUGUCAGAAAAGUCAAUCCAGGAAGCUAUUGAGUACAUAGAUGGUAUUUUUUCCGUUGUUUUGGUGUCGGACCAUUUUGAAGAGUCCAUGGUGCUGCUAAGACAUACUCUAUGCUGGGAUCUUAAUGACGUAACGUAUUUUAAGCUAAAUGCAAUGAAGACAUCAUCUACAAAGUACGUCUCAACAGAGACUGAAGAGAAGAUUAAACAGUGGAACAAAGCCGAUAGUAUGCUGUUUGAUUACUUCAACAAAUCAUUAUGGCAGAAACUCUCAAAGCUUCCUUUUGAUUGGAUAAGAGAAGUAAAAUUAAUAAAACAGAAAAAUAGACUUUUACACGUUACGUGCACUAAAACAGGAAAAUCAAUCUCUAAUAUAAAAACCAAGGAUUUAAAACUUUUGCCACCACCCGGGCUAUCUGUUGAUGGUAAUGUAUUAAAAGAACUUGAACAAAGAAAUAAAGCUUGCGUUUACAUGGCUAAACCAGAAAUACCAUUUACUCAGGAGCUUAAGAGGAAAUAUAAAAAUUAAAAUUAAGAAAUAAUGCA